AGAGAGCGCCGCCGCCAUCUUAGUUGGAGCCGCUGCCUCCAGCGAAGCGCUGCCUCCGAGGAGGGGAGGCGCUCGCGGCCCGAGCGCGCGGCCCAGCGUCCCGGCGGCGGCUCCCCCGCGGCGCCCGGUUCCCGCCGCGGCUGCCUGGCUCCGCGCCGCCCGAGACCCGCUCCGCGCCCCGAGCGCCUCCCCGCGUCCCCGCCGAGGGCCGGGCGCCCGAGCGAUGCUGCGCCGCCCCGCGCCCGCGCCGGCGCCGGCCGCCUGGCUGCUGCUGGCCGCGCUGCUGAGCGACUGCGGCGUCUGGGCCGCGCGAGCUAACAAGCACAAGCCCUGGCUGGAGCCCACCUACCACGGCCUCGUCACCGAGAACGACAACACGGUGCUGCUGGACCCCCCGCUGAUCGCCCUGGACAAGGACGCCCCCCUGCGCUUCGCAGAGAGUUUUGAGGUGACAGUCACCGAAGAAGGUGAGAUCUGUGGAUUUAAAAUCCACGGGCAGGAUGUGCCCUUCGACGCAGUGGUGGUGGAUAAGUCCACGGGCGAGGGGCUGAUCCGCUCCAAAGAGAAGCUGGACUGCGAGCUGCAGAAGGACUACACGUUCACCAUCCAGGCCUACGACUGCGGGAGGGCGCCCGAUGGCAGCGCCAGCCCCAAGAAGUCUCACAAGGCCACGGUGCACAUCCAGGUGAACGACGUGAACGAGUACGCGCCCGUGUUCAAGGAGAAGACCUACCAGGCGUCUGCGGUGGAGGGGCGGCGCCCGGAGAGCAUCCUGCGGGUGGAGGCCGUGGACGCGGACUGCUCCCCGCAGUUCAGCCAGAUCUGCAGCUACGAGAUCGUCACUCCAGACGUGCCCUUCACGGUCGACAAAGAUGGCUACAUAAAGAACACGGAGAAGCUGAGCUACGGGAAGGAACACCAGUACAAGCUGACCGUCACAGCCUACGACUGCGGGAAGAAAAGGGCCACCGAGGACGCGCUGGUCAAGAUCAGCAUCAAGCCCACCUGCACCCCCGGGUGGCAAGGGUGGAACAGCCGGGUGGAGUACGAGCCCGGCACAGGCGCCCUGGCCCUCUUCCCGAGCGCCCGCCUGGAGACGUGUGACGGGCCCGUGGCCUCGGUGCAGGUGACGGUGGAGCUGGAGACCAGCCACAUCGGGAAAGGCUGCGACCGCGACACCUACUCCGAGAAGUCCCUUCACCGGCUCUGCGGGGCCGCGUCCGGCACCGCCGAGCUGCUGCCCGCCCCGAGCGGCUCCCUGAACUGGACCGCGGGCCUCCCCACGGACAACGGCCAUGACAGCGACCAGGUCUUCGAGUUCAACGGCACCCAGGCCGUCCGGGUCCCCGAUGGCGUCGUGUCCGUCAACCCCAAGGAGCCCUUCACCGUGUCCCUGUGGAUGAGGCAUGGGCCCUUCGGCCGCAGGAAGGAGGCGAUCCUCUGCAGCUCCGACAGGACAGAUAGGAACCGGCACCAUUACUCCCUCUUCGUCCACGGCUGCCGGUUCAUCUUCCUGCUCCGCCAGGAGCCCUCGGGGGAGAAGAAGUUCAAGCCCGCCGAGUUCCACUGGAAGCUGGCCCAGGUCUGCGACGAGGAAUGGCACCACUACGUCCUCAACGUGGACGUCCCCCGGGUCACGCUCUAUGUGGACGGAGUUUCCCACCAGCCCUUCUCCGUGACGGAGGACUACCCGCUGCACCCGGCCAGGAUCGAGACCCAGCUCGUGGUGGGGGCCUGCUGGCAAGAGCACUCAGGAAGUGACAAUGAGACUGAGCCUGUGCCUGUGGCCCUGGCAGGUGGUGACCUACACAUGACCCAGUUUUUCCGAGGUGAUCUGGCUGGCCUGACCAUCCGGUCCGGGAAGCUCACAGACAAGAAGGUGAUUGACUGUCUGUACACCUGCAAAGAGGGGCUGGACCUGCAGGUCCCCGAAGACGGUGGCCGCGGCGUGAAGGUCCAAGCCAACCCCGGCCGGUCGGUGCUGACCCUGGAGGCGGAGGACGUGGGGGAGCUGGAGGCGGCCAUGCAGCACGUGGCCUACCUGAACUCCCGCCAGUUCCCCACGCCCGGCGUCCGGCGGCUCCGGCUCACCAGCACCGUCAGGUGUUUGAACGAGGCCGCCUGCGCCUUGAUCCCUCCGGUCGACGGCUCCGUGGUGGUUCUGCAGCCGGAGGAGCCCAAGAUCAGCCUGAGCGGCGUCCACCAUUUUGCUCGAGCAGCUUCCGAAUUUGAAAGCUCAGAGGGGGUCUUCCUUUUCCCCGAGCUCCGCAUCAUCAGCACCAUCACCAGAGAAGUGGAGCCCACCGGGGAAGGCGGCGAGGACCCCACAGUUCAAGAGUCCGUGGUGUCCGAGGAGAUAGUGCACGACCUGGACACGUGCGAGGUGACGGUGGAGGGAGAGGAGCUGAGCCCGGAGCAGGAGGGCCUGGAGGUGGACCUGGCCCGCGUGCAGCACACGGGCAUCGAAGUGAGCCGCUCCCACCUGGGCGUGGUGUUCACAGGCGUGGACACCAUGGCCAGCUACGAGGAGGCGCUGCACCUCCUGCGCUAUCGGAACUGGAACUCCAGGUCCUUGCUCGACCGGAAGUUCAAGCUCGUCUGCUCCGAGCUCAACGGCCGCUACAUCAGCAAUGAGUUUCAGGUGGAGGUGAACGUGAUCCACACGGCCAGCCCCAUGGAGCAGGCCAGCCACAUGGCCGCGCAGCCGCAGUUCCUGCACCCGGAGCCCCGCGCCUUCGCCGACCUCUCGGGUCACAGCCUGGCCAACCCCCACCCGUUCGCAGUGGUGCCCAGCACGGCCACCGUGGUGAUCGUGGUGUGCGUCAGCUUCCUGGUGUUCAUGAUCGUCCUGGGCGUGUUCCGCAUCCGGGCCGCGCACCAGCACUCCGUGCGGGACCAGGACGCCGGCAAGGAGAGCGAGAUGGACUGGGAUGACUCCGCCCUCACCAUCACCGUGAACCCCAUGGAGACGUACGAGGACCAACACAGUGAGGAGGAGGAGGAGGAAGAGGAGAGUGAGGACGGCGAGGAGGAGGAUGAUGUCACCAGCGCCGAGUCAGAGAGCAGCGAGGAGGAGGAAGUGGAGGAGGAGGGCGAGCACGGGGACCGGCCGCCGGCAAACAAGCAGCAGCAGCUGGAGUGGGACGACUCAACCCUCAGCUACUGAGCGCCUCCUGCCUCUGCAGUCUGCCGUCGCCUCGCCCGCCAGGCCCACCGUGUACAGUCCGGCCUGUAGGUCUCAGCCCCCCUCCCCUCGCGCCCGUCACCCCUGCUUGGUAUGCGGGACCCGGCUCCCUCCCGCCUCCGCCUGGACCUCCGUGUGAGGAGCUGCCCCUGCUCCCCAUCAUCUCGCUCACGUGGCCCCUCCCGCCUCCAGAAACGCCCAAUCUGGACUCGGUGACCAAGGGUUAAAACUGCUCUCCCACUGGGUAAUCCUUUUUUUUUUUUUUUUAAUUUCCCCCAAACUAGUGCAUGUACAAAAUGGCCGAAUGGGGUUCAUAUGUAGAUGAUGAACUUUUUAAUAUUUUGUAAAUAAAUUGGGAUUCCUCGUG